UACAGACUAGAGUACAUAUUACAUUGUUUACAGCGAUGUAUCGAAGUUGUUCUCGUUUAUUGUGAGUUAAUGAGUUUGUUUUUUCUUGCAGAUGAUUCACCGUCGGUCAGGUACUAGUGACGAGGGGGAGUACAGGUGCCUGGUCACUACCCGCAUGGGCGUCAUUACUGGUCCUCCCGUCAAACUCCGGCUAGCCAGUUUGAGCAAGAACUUCAUUUUGUCGCCUUGCAACGUGACAGUGGUGACAGGGGAGGCACUGCGACUUUCGUGCCAAAUCGACUCUCAGCCCAAUGCCUCACUCACCUGGACCCACGAACAGCAACGUCUACCUCAAGAUGACAGGUACACAACCCCUUACUCAGGAGUGCUUCAUAUUACUCACGUACAGAGGUCUGACAGUGGUAUUUACAGGUGCCUGGCGAUCAACACUGUUGCCGGGAAGGAACGUCGCAGCAGUGCCAUUACUGUGACAGUUCUUGAUAGGGGAGAGGAAGACAGCUAUAAACCCCCUACCUUCCUCUUCCCCAACAAAUCCUCCUCCUCCUCCAGUAAACUACUGAAAGUUAUCCAGGGAGAACAUGCAAUCAUUGAGUGUCUUGCAACAGGUCUCCCACUACCCACAAUCUCUUGGCAACGAAAAUUGAAUGCAAGUGAGGGUGAUGUGUGGGAGGACAUCAAAAAUGGAACCAAGGGUAUGUUGGUGAUAGGUCAGGGAACCUUGGUGGUGUCGAGUGUGCAGACCAGCAGUGCUGGCCGAUAUAUCUGUACUGCCAAGUCUGUAAACUCUGCCACCCAGAGAGAAGCAACUAUAUCUCAGGAACGCAAACUAGAUGUAUUGGUCUCACCAGAAAUUAUUGAUCCUCCAAAAUACUUAGAUACAUUGUUAGCAAAGACUGCCCGCCUCAACUGCUCAGUAACGGGUCAUCCCACUCCCCGCAUCAUAUGGUACAAAAAUGGGCAGUCUGUCAACAUUAAGGGACGUGCUAUUAUAACACCCUCAAACCAGUUUAUAUUCACCAACUCGAUCACAUCUGACGCAGGAAUGUACCAGUGUCUUGUUAUCAACGAAGCAGGAUAUGCCUCCAGUUGGGCCCCCAUGGUUAUAAACUCGUCGGAGAACAAGCCGGAUCCACCUCAGAACCUUCAUUAUGUGGUUCUCUCCUCUACCUCGGUCCUUCUCACUUGGGAUGCAGUCUACCCUUCCAAUGACAAGAUCAAAGCUUACUCAAUUCACUAUUUUGAAUCUGAGAGUAAUGGAGUUGGGCUGCAGGCAGUCUCACAGAACACUUCUCAUCUCUUGGAGAACUUGAAGACCAACACCAAGUAUAUUGUCUUUGUCAGAGCAUACAGCAACUUUGCCUCAGACCAGUCAGAAAGUCUCGUCUUCAACACUGCUGAGGAUGUUCCUCUGGUUGAGCCAAGUGUGCGUCUGAUUCCCAUAUCACCAACAGUGCUUCGAGUCACCUGGGGUAAACUUUCACCAGAACAGGCUAGAGGCACCAUUAUUGGUUACAAAAUUCAUUGGAGAAAACUAAAUCAUCACUACUACCAUGUCAUUGAGGUCUCUGCUGAUGUUCAUGAGUUUGAGAUUACUGACCUUCAUCCUGGUAAGAAAUAUGAAGUGCAAGUUUUAGCAGGGACAAAGGUUGGGUAUCCAACAAAAAAUGACUUGUCGUGGAUACGCCAAAAGAUGCCCAGCCGUAAUCAGAAGAAUAUCCCCUUGCCACCAAUUGUUUCUUUGAAAGUCAUAAAUGAAACUUCAGAAGAUGAUUCUAAGAAGCUAGCAAUAAAGAUUGAUUGGAAGCUUCCUCCUGAGAAUACAGCUGAAGUUGAAGGUUACACGUUAAAAUAUCGACGCCAGGACAGGCAGUGGGUGGGUCCCAUCACUCUUCUUCCUACACAGACAUCAUUCACCAUCACUGGUUUAGAGGCUGACUGGUAUGAGGUUCAGGUUAAGGGUUAUAGUGCAGAUGGUGAUGGUGGGGCCACUGAGCAAGUGGUUCACACGUUCCCUCCGAGCCCCAACACUACCCUUCCUCCUAACACUACUUGGAAUAUUUAUCAGUUGGAAGCUGACCCUCGGUCACAGACCAGCAUCCACCUCUCAUGGAAGUUGGCAGAAGGCCAGGAAGGGCCAGCCUACUACACUGUUAAAUACCACCAAGUUAGCCAUUCAGAAAGUGUAGCCAACACAAUGUUUGAGUGCAGUCUUCAGGAGUUACCAACAACCCCAAAGGACUUCAGUUAUGAACCCACUGAUGCUUCUACUAUACGCUUGAAAUGGGCAAUGCCUCAAGAUACAAGUGGGAGUAUCCAGAAAUAUGAGAUUCUCUUUUCCCUUGAUAAGAACAAACCUUUGUCAGCUUGGGAGGUGCAGAAGGUUGAAAAGGAAGCAACCUCAGAUACUGUGGGAGGAUUGGUUUCCAAUACAGAGUAUUGGUUUAGUAUCCGUGGAUGCACAGCAUUUGAGUGUGGAGAACCAACAGAGCCUCUGGCUGCAACAAUUCCAGCCAUUCUUCAUCCUGACCCCAGCAUUUCUGCAUAUAAUCUCUACUUCAUCUGUGGCUCAGUGGCAUUUGUAUUUCUGUUGCUGAUCAUACUCUUUGUUAUUUAUCUGAUCAAAUUCCGUAACGUGCCGUCCCAACCACGGGUGUUAUCAUGUAAUGGUAAUGGUCAUAUAAAUGGCAAGAGAAGUGCACAUGGCAUGAACAUUGGGCAGUCAGAUGGACAGUCUGACAUUGAAGGUCAAGAAAUGGAAGUAUAUAUUCCAAUGUUGACUCAGAUACCUCCAGACUUUAAGUCUCCACCACUUGAUACCAAGGGAGGCUACCCAGACAGUCGGGUGAAUGGAUUAAACAAUCCACGGUGCAAUGGAUAUAUCAGAAGCCGAGAUCAACUACAACCAGAUCUCCGUGCUGAAGCUCAGAGUGGGUCAGAAGAAGAAAUUGAACGACUUGUAAUUGGUGCUAGCAGCAGCAGUGGUUCCAUGAGCAAGAGUAUUGUUACCCAGGACCAUCACCAAGAAUCAGGAAAUCCAAUAGAAGUGGAAAAUCAAUCUACCCAUUCCCUUGCAGGCACACCACCCCCAUCCCCAGUACACCAACACAAUCAUAGUGGAACCUCUCAGGAAGGCAUCACCAACCUUACCAGCCUCACAACUCUGAGCACCACUGACAGUGAUGGAGGAGGUGAGCAGGACAGAACAAUGGCAGGAGAUGCAGGGCAUCAUCAUAUAAACACCUCACACCAGCAUAACCACCACCAUCACAGUAAAGGUGCAACAAGAGCAUCAUCCCCGCGACCCCCACUGACGACGGUGCAGUAGCUGCAAUGGUUACCGGGCUUUAUUCCCAGGUACCUUCCCUCGCAGGCCCCUAUCACCGAGACACUCCUCUGGUCUGAUGCGGGUAUUCAUACGUAUACAAGGCCUGGCCCAGCUGCUGCGGUGGUAUGUGGCAUCUGUGCCCAUCCAGCCCACUGGACUUGAUGCGUGUGCCUUGACCCAAGUGUACAAAUGUUGUCAGUGUGGGUACUCGAGACCAUCAAAUGAGCGGGGCUGGGUCAGGCACCCCACUGUAGCCACUAACAGCUAGUCGUUGUUUGGUGUUUACAUUAUAAGCAUUGUGGAUAUGGCUCUCAGUCACACAGUUUUGGCUCAGUGUUCCCUGACAAAUAAGUCACGGUACAGUAUACUCACCGAGGCUGAUUAAAAGGAGUACAAAAUGAACAUAUUUCCUGUCAUUUUUAUCUGUAAAUGUGACUUGAGAGCUGUGUCCAGGGUGCUCCCUCAUUUCUCUGACAGCAAGGUAUCAGGGAUUAUCCUGGCAAAUAACGGCAUGCCUGCCCCUCCAACCACCCCUCAUCACCACAACCACCACUACAGCCCCAAAGAUCCUUCUCACGUCUUCACAACCUCAGUGUUUCGCCAUAUUUGUAUCAGGGAUGGUAAUCUCUUCUCACCUCUUUUGAUAAGACUGUAAUACAACCUUGAUUCUGAUAUAUUUAAUUUGUCUGCUGUUUUAUAUAACAUACAGUAGUACAAGAGUAAUGGGUUAUUAAUACUUUAUGUAUAAAUCAAUUUUAGGCAGCAGUCAUAUUAUAUAAUGUUUCUGUGUUUUUUUACUGUUGAAUCAUUACAGUCUGAAAUCAGGGAGAUUCAUACCAAGAGCAUCUACAAAGUGCAGGAAGAACACAUGCAGCGCAUACAUCAUUGCAGUAGCUACCUGAGCAACUUUACAGGUUAUUUAGUCCUCUCAUAGUGGGUGAAGGAUCUGACUUACAUUGUUCUGCAAACUUAACUGAAAACUAUGUGUAGCUUACAACAUACUCAGAUGUAGAAUGUUUCUCUAAUGAUACAAUAAUUCUCAGAGUACUGUACUCAGUUAAUAAAUUACUGUGAUAUAUUUAAUAAAUAUGUGGAAGUUAAUUCCAAUUUCUUACAAAAAAAUGAAGCUCUAAAAAUUGCAUUAACCAAAGUUCAUUCAGUGUUCCCUUAGUAAUAUUCAGAGACCCAUAUGCUCGAUAUACACUUUAAUGAAACAUCAAUAAUAACACUGACAGAUAUUUUUUAAAUACAUAUUUAUUACUUAAAAUGCCUUUACUCAUUAUAUAUUAAGUAAACAUUUUAGUAAGUAAUGGGAUUAUCCAUAUAUUUAGUGAUUGUAAAUUCAGUGAGAGACUGGCACAAUCUAUUUGAUCCUUCACCCACAUUUCACAUUGCAUUCCAUACAGACUUCUGAUUAGUGGUGCUGUGGUACUUUUCGAAAUUGCCGCCAAUUAGUAAUUACAAAUGUAUAGGAGAAGGUUGGUAAUAGGCACUAGCAGAUGGUGAAUAAAUGCGUUGCCUACUCCUACAUGUGAUGUGGCAGUUGUUGCAGUUCAGUGUUUGGGCACUAGGGAUGAAUUGAAAUAAUGAGGAGCAUCAUCUGUCCUUGUUUUAUGUUAAAUCAUUGCUAAUGCUGACUACCAAUUAUGUUUUUGACUAACUGGCAGCAAUUUUGAGUAGUACAUGUGUCAUCCGCCUCUCAGUGAAGAGCCCGGGCUAACCUCUCCUCCCAGUGCAUUGCCACUAGUCCACUCAUGGCCAUCUGUUUAAGCCCUGAUUAUCUGCUCUAAUAUUACUACUACAAAAGUGAUAACACAACCAUUUAAAAGCUCAGGCUGUUUUCAGACAAAACAUUUACUUUCAACUUGUGAGUAGAAUAAAAAUAACUUGUUUGUGCUAUUUACCACUGAAAGUUAUCAUACUUUUUGAACAGCCUUCAGAACUAAUUUGCCUUAUGAAAUUGUUCAAACGUUCAGGGCAAAAAAGGUGUAUGUUUGCUAGGGUAGGUCCUGGUAUCGGUGUGGCACCAAUGGUGAAUGCUGGAGCCUUCCUGCAGAGUCAGGGUGGGGGUUCAGCCUGGUCGCUCUCCUGCGUGCGUGACGUAGCUGACUGUCUGAGAUGGGAGUUUCAUACACAAGACUUAUUUUAAUAUUUAGUACAAAUCAUAUUCCAUUUACUAACUAUAUACACUGGUUAACUCAAUCCCUAGUAGGACUACUGAAACAAUCUCAGUGCUUUUCUCAAUCUGCAGUUGUACAGAUUGUAAUAAGUCAACCAUGCAACACUCUGUGCAGUCAGACCACUGCUCUCACUUACAUUAAAAACCAUCAUGGCUUUGUAUCAAAGCCUAGGACUAGGACUUGGAUGUGGUUAAUGAGUGGCUUUGAUGAGCAGAAGAUUGGCUAUGCAGAGUGAUGCAAACCCCCUUCCUCCCAAGUAAGAAACAUAGCUCAGGCUUUUACCUCAGUUACUGUGUGGAGCUCCAGUUAAUGACAGCGUGCGGAGAUACCCAAUAUACGUAUUUGUUGCCCACUGAUGAAUAUUGUCUUUAUUAUUAUGAACUUAUGUUUAUCUCGCUGCUAAGUUAGUUUUGUUAGCAGAAAGGGUGCCAACAUUAGCGGCUCAGGUGAGGGAUACUUUGCACUCUACUUCCAGCCACCCAGAAAAUGAUGGCCCACAACUGCUCACAGUACACAACUAUGCUAAAAAAAAGUAUGAUUCAGAAGUUUUAUUAUAUAUGUAUAUAUACCUCACCUUAUCAAAAUGUCUGAUGUACAUAUGACUUUUUGCCAGAAAUUUAUAUGUAUGAGUUUAAUGAUUGUUCAGUAUAGAAUUAUAAUAGUGAUUGAGUGGACCAGGGUGCAGCUGGAUGGACUGUGCAGAGGAAGAGCCCUGCUUCAUGCACAUGUUUUCUACCUCAUAGAGGGCGCAGGUCAGGCGGGGCAGGGACCUGCUCUUUACUCUCCAAUGUUGAGAAGUCAAGUGGGCAGGCUCUUUGGGUUUGUUUCUCAGGGAGCUCAAUGUACAAACACUACACUCCACAGUGUCUGCCCACUUGGCUCCUUAUCCCAACCCUAUACCUUCCCCUCUCCAUCCCAUUUUCCUUCCCUUUUCCUUUCUUCUUACCCAAGCCAAGCCUAACUUCCCUAUCCCUUUCCCACCAAUCAUUGUACACAAACCCUACAUGCCAUAGUCUCAAAGCAGUUCCUGUCACUACCUGCAGACAGCGCACGUACAUCCCACCCAGCUACCAUGAAUAAAAUAAUUUCUGUUAUAUCUCUCUGUCUCUGCUCUUUGUAUUUUUGUAUGCAAGCCCCUCAUAGAAUUCCUUUGUAAAUGAUAGAUAUGAAUUAUGUUAUUGUUUCCAUAUUCUUUGUGUAUCCAUGAAUUUUUAUUUUCCUAAUAUCAUGCUACCUCGUUCUUUUGUACGAUGAGUGAACAUUUAGCAUCGCAUCUCCCGUGCUGCAUGUGUAUGACAGCUCAAGUAAUAGAUGAAACUGCUCCUCUGCCACUCCCUCGUCCUCAGCCAAGAGCGCAUUAACACAGCUACUUCAUGAUAACCAGUCAUUAUUUUCUCAGUAGGAUGUAUCUUGUAUAUCAUGUUUUAUUAUGAUCCCAUUGCAACUGGUAGGCAUUGCAGGCUGCCCUUUGCAGCCUCCGUUUCCCUCUGUAAAAGUAUGCCACAGGUCAUUCUAAGAAAAAAAAUUAGUAGUUGUUUAACAGCUAGGGCAGCCUCCCAUGCCUUAAAUAGGGUAGUGUAACAUAAUUGGGGAUUUUCAACAAGACUCAUAUUCUUUUAAAAUGGAAUGUAAGCCUUAUUAAGAAUUCAAAAUAUUUGUGAAUUACUUUAGCCAGUUAGGGUUGGAUCCCUUAUCCUACAUGCCCCUUCAUUUAUUGUAGCUUUUAAGGUAUCGUACAAGUUAACAUGUACACAGGGUUGGAAUACAUUUUGUACAAUAAUUUAAUGUAUUGAGAAAUGUCUUGUGCUCAUUUCUAUUUGUAAAUAUUGUAGUGACACUACAUUGGCUUAGGUAGAAGUGAGCUAAAAUUAAGCCUGUUAUUUGCAUACUACUGGUUGAUUACAGUAUGGCUAAAGCACAACAAGGUGAUAGUUUCCAGUACCAUCUUGGUAAGGGAGAAGCCCACAGGAAAUGUGCAGUGCUCGCCUUUAAGGAAUUGAAGAUGUUUCAAUGUGAUUCACUUUCUAUAAUGAAAAUGUAUCAUAUUGAAAUUUGAUGAGCAAGUUGCACAUGUCAGGUUAAAAUGAUUAAAUCAGCCUCUGAACCAGCAGACCCGGCAACUAAACACAGCUGAAAAACAAACCUGGAACAAUACUCCUUUACCUAAGGUAUCUCUCAUAAGAGAUGCUUUCUGCCAACGUCAAUUUAAUUAUCACAAUGUACAAAUCUAUUUGGAGGUGCUACAGUCAAGUGCUCAGUAGGUAGGCCAAUUUCAGGUAGCCUAGUCUGUCCUCCACCUGGUCCUCCUCCAUUGGUUAUUUGGUCUACUCUUUAUUGACUUGGUUUCCACAUGGUUAUUAAUGAAAGAAAAUUUUUGGCCCAGUGUUGGAUAUGUGGUCUGCUAUUUAGUCAGAUGGUCCUCCCUGUCAUCUUUUGGGUCUCCACUUAGUUAUGUGGUCCUCUAUGUAAUUACUUGGUCCCAAUGUAGUAAUUUGUUUCAUGUAGACAAUGGUUGAAGUGAAUUUUAGGUCCUCUCAUGUGGUCACUUGGCUUUCUAAUUGACAGUUUUGCUAGAUAGCUGAAUCCUUGGACCUUCACUUUGCCAUCAGGUCUUUUAUAAGAUCACUUAUUUUGUAACUAUUGGACCUCCACCUGGCCCUUGGGUCCAAGUAUUUUAUUUUAUCAUUAUUAUUAUUAUUAUUAUCAUCAGGACAUAGUUGGCUGUAGGAUAUAUGUUAAGCCAAGUUUGCCAUGGCCAUAAUUUAAAUGUGGCAUGUUAUGAUUAAUGAUCAUAUAUUUGUUUUUAAUGCAGUGAAAACCAUUAUGUCCCAUUAUUUUCCCUAUUUUAUUUUAGGUAUAAAAAGCUAAUAUUUAAAGAAUUUAAAAUCUUGUAUUGCCCAACACAACUUGGCCAUUCUGUCCAUCGACAUAUGAAAUGAGCACACUGGGAAAAAUAAGCUAUUGUAACUUUUGUGUGGUAUAGUAGCUUAUGUAUGUAAGCUAUCCUGUGGUGUGAGAAUCUAUGAGCCUCAUAUGCAAGCUAUUCAACGUGUUGUAAUGGACAAAGAUGGUCUUGAAACUCGUUAUUAGCCCUUUAUAUCAUUGCCGAUGCUAAGCAUAAGUAAAAUAGUUCAGUUAUUACAGAGAGCUUACCAUGUUUCUUCUUCAAAACUGGAAGAAUUGAUAUUUUAUAAAAUCUUUUUAAUAGCUGAAACUACACUUACAUAUGCCAGGCCCAAUCCUGAAACUUAGAUUCAAACACCAAAGGUAAAUAUUUUAAGAGAUCUGAUGUUGUGUGUAUGGCACUUACAUGUUUUUGACAAGAUCGGUGAUGACAAGCUUUGUAAUACACUCAUUUAGGCAGUGAAGCCUUAAUUAGAGAUUAUUAACUGAUUAGACUAUGACUAAAAAGCUAGAAAUCUGUGAUCUUGUGAUAAACUUGUCAGUCUGAAACUAUUGUAUAAUAUUUAUCCGCAUAGCUCAGGUUGUCAGUGUUGUGGUUUUUCAUCAAGUUUUGCCAAAUGGUACCAACAAUCACUACUUUAAAUAAGGAAUAUGAGAGAUUUCAUCAAGAACAACAACUGACUAGGAUUUUAAUUGCUCAUGUAGAAAAGCUCGUCAGUAGUGACUAGGGUAAUGAAAGACGGGUGGGGCAGGACAACGUGCUAGUCACCAAACUCGUGUAAGUCGGAAGUUUGAGUCUCCAGAUGUCAAGGCAAGUGGAAUGAACCUAAUUAAGUUUGUCCGUUGGCACUUCCUGUCCCUACAAAGUUCAGUUUACCAUUUUGGGGGAGGGGGAGGGAGGGGAUUAUAUGAUAAGGCUUGUAUCUCAGUUGCUGACCUACAUGAUGAGCCUAAUUUGACUUCCACAAAACUGUUGAAUAACCUUAGAUUUAACAGACCAGUUUUCCAUAGAAAGCAGGGGACAAAUUGCAGCAGAUAAUUUUAAUUGUAUACCUUACCCUACCUCGUAGGUGAUGUCUUGACAUGCGACCUCAGUAAACACAACAGUUUUUGUAAUUUAUUAACUUUAUUUGUCAUUUGUGUGAGUUUUGGUAUGAAAAUUACUAUAUGUAGUGAUGGCAAUAAUGAAAGGUAUAAUGGUGAAUGAAGCAGCAUUUGUAGCCGCGGAUAUUUUAUUAAUGUAUCCCAUGUGCAUGCAAGCAUGAUUAAAGGUCUUAAGCUGAUCACCCCUGUAUGAUUGUUACUGACUUUGCUGGUGAGGACAUCACUAUUUGAUAUUUUUUUUUUCAUAGCUAUACAAGUCAAAUAAAUUAGUCUUUUAGUAAAAUUGGAGUACACUAGAUACAAGGCAGUGUUGGAGUAACAAUGGCGUUCAUUAGCACCUUCCAACACCACCUCAGCAUCUAACUUCAUUAUAGAGUACAUAUAUCAGGUUAUUUUUGUACCAGAAAACUAUGGCCUCCUCACUCAUUCUAUUUUGAUUUGCUUUUUUUUUUUUUUUUUUUUUUUUUUUUUCAUUAUUACCGAGUGUUUGAAAUUUUUUAGUAGAACACUUUCAAUAGUUCCUGCCCCUCCUUUGAAUGUGUAGUGAGGCGCAGCAAAGCAGUACCUGCAACCAAACAGGUAUAUAUAUAUACAUAUAUAAAUAUAUUUAUUUAUAUAUAUAUACCUACAAACCAGUGAAACUCCAUUCCGGUGAUACUUUAUUUGUUCCUAAUGAUGGUCGUCCCAGUAAAUGCUCAUUCUUGGAAAGUGUGAGGAGGCUGAGGCAUCUUGCACAUGGAGAUACAGCUAAACUACGUUAGUCCCAAAUUUAUCACUGGUCACCUGUGUUAUAACCAACAAAUUCUGUUAACACAGGCAGUCAGAUGGUCAGAAUAGGUGAUAUGAAUGUUGGGACUAACGAGUUUAGACUGUUAAAAAAAAAAUACAAGUCCUUGGUUAUGAUGCAGACCUUGGCUAUGGCUUCCAGGCAACAACAGCAAUGGUGACUCCUUAGUACGUG